AUGGAGCAUCGGGAAAAACGUCUUGCCCCUUCCCCUUCCGAAGGGGACCGCCCUAAACAUCAGUGCACGGAGACGAAGGCAUCAACUCCCCCUACGUCCAUCCUUACCGAGGAAGUCCCAGUCACCUUGCCCUGCACCUCUAAACCCGAAGCUGCUCGGCGAAGGGGGAAAGGCUCUCAGCGAGUGGUUCUUGGAGGCAAGUCUAGCCGGGCUGCUCCCAGGGAUGACUUGGUUAGAGUCGCUCCUAGAGAUGGCUCCCACCGAGUUGUUCCUAAGGAUAGCUCUCUCCAUGCCGUGGAGAGAGCUGGCUGGUCCAUCCAGGAUGUCGGUCCUUCUAGAGGCCCUGCGGGGGAAGGAGAUGCAGAAGCUGCUGUUGCCUCCCUUUUUGCUUCGGCUUUUGAAGGCCUAGAGCCUUGGGGGUCAGCGCAGGCAUCGGGCUCCUUUACCUCUUUUGAGGAAGCUUUCCUUGAAGAAGAAGAAGAACUUUUGCACAAGCGGCCAACCUCCUUCGAGGAGAUGCUUGCUAAGUUCGACGCAUCUUUUGAAGGGUGCUUUCCUCGUUCCCCUAACUCUGCUCCCGAGCCCGCUAGCUCGGCUCAUUCUGGUGGCUCCCCGAUCCUCAUUCCUACAGCUCUACCUUUGGAGGAGGAAGUUCCAUCAGCUGCAGGGCCAGGAUUUCCUAAGGCUACGGAGCAGAGCCCUGAAGGGGUUGCCCCUAGGUCGGAGUCAGGCCCCUCGACAACCCCAGAACAAACUCUCCCUUCGGCGGAGAUCGCUCAGGAGCUCCAGGUUCCUCAAGCUAUACACUCCCCUCCACAACGAGGUGUUGCUAUAGUGGAGGUGGAGGACGAUCCUUCCCCGAGCAGCAGCCCCCUCUGCUCGGGCACUGUGGAGGGUGAGAACUCAGCCCAAGCCGAGGGUUCACCAAGCUCUCACUCUGCCCUUUUGCAGGAUCCCCCAAUUGAGAUUUCCUUUCUGAGUGAGGGGGAAAGCACUCCACCUCCCGCACAUCAAGAGGUUAUUCUACCUCUGAUGCCUGCCGAGCCAUCUUCUUCUUCCGAGCCAGGGGCAUCACAGGGUCCUGGGUCUGGUCAUGUCAAGGCCUGA